AUCCACGUAAUUCUCUCUGCUGAAGCAGGAGCCGUUGAAAUCCCGCUACUUCUCGAAGGAAAAUCCCCCCCAUCAAGCGACAAUGUGGGCUCCCAGAAUUACUCCAAAAAGCCAGUUGUUAUUGUCACCGGAGGAGGGUACGACGAUGCGAGAUUCAAGCUGAUGAACGACGCCUGA